AAAGAAUUUUACUUUUUAGUGUUAAAAUUAAAAUCGAGUAGACAAAAUCCAAAGUGAUGGUCCUUCCAUUAUUGAAGUUAGGGACACUUGCUUUGAGAACUUUGAGUAAACCCAUUGCUGCUAGGCUUAAGAAAGAAGCUGGGUUGCAUCCCAAAUUCCGUAAUUUCAUCAUCAGCAUUGCCCAGGCGAAUCACCGGAUAACAACAACCAUGCAAAGACGGAUAUAUGGCCAUGCAACUGAUGUUGGAAUAAGACCUUUGAAUGAAGAGAAAGCGGUUCAAGCCGCUGUUGAUCUUCUGGGGGAACUUUUUGUUUUCUCGGUCGCAGGUGCUAUUGUUGUAUUUGAGGUGCAAAGGAAUUCUCGGUCAGAGGCUAAGAAGGAGGAACUUCGUAGGCAAGAAAUGGAGAAAUUGAGACUACGAGAUGAAGCAUUGGAAAAGGAGAUUAAGGGCCUUCAAAGCAAAAUUCAAGAGCUGGAACAGCUAGCUAGGGGAAAGGGACUUGCUGGUAUGUUCAAUUUCAGAAUUCCUCAUAUUGGAGAAGGCAAGUCAGCAACACCAGCAUGAUUUGUUUGCUCAGUUUUGGCUACAUAGGAAUCAUUUUUUUUCUUUUCAUUCUUUUGAUCCAAGUCCUAUUUGGCUCAUUUUUUUAAAAGCUCGGUCUA